AUGCCCAUCGACGCCAUCAAAACAGCCCAAGCGAUAGGAAUCCUAGGCUGUGCCUUUACAUCUGCUCUCACCCUCCCAGCCCACAAACCUCCCUCCUCUGCAUCCCUCAUCCAGAUAACCCCCGGCGCCCCCAUCUCCCACAUCACCCACCAAUGGCUAUACAUCUUCUCGCGCGGGAAACAGAUCUUCCCAGAUCUGGCCGCAAUUUCAUCAACCGCGCACGUAUACCUAGCCUGGGCGGACAGCAGAGAGAGCAACUCUGUGUGUUAUGCGCUCGCGGCUGCUGUCACUAUGGCGAUUGUCCCGUUUACGUUGACGGUGAUGUAUCCGACGUGUCGGGGGCUGGAGAAUCAUGCGACGAGGGAUGAUGCGGCUGAGGUAGAGGGGAAGGAGGGGAUGGUGACGAGUGAUCAGGAGGUGGCGAAACGGGCGAGAGAGGAUCAGGAGGCGUUGGUGUUGUUGAGGCGGUGGUCGGGGCUGAAUGCUGUGAGGGCGUUGUUUCCUUUGACUGGGGCGGUGAUAGGGUUUUGUGCUGCGGUUUGUGUUUAG